UGCAGCGCCUGUCGAUCCAGCUGAAGGUGACAGCCUGGGAGGGAGCUGGGCUGGCAGCAGCAGCUCGGGUGUUGCCCGGCGCACAGGGCCAAUGGGAGGCGACAGUCCCCGCCUAUCGCGAUGGUGGGAGAGGAGCAGCGGCCACCCAAAUUCCUCCAGCAAAUGACAUUUUGCUGCAAAAGCCUGAGGGAACCAAUCACACACUGCACCGCGCAGCCAAUGGACGCCGGUCUCUUAUCCAGGCACCGACUGUAGGACCUUGGUACAGCUCCUCGAACUGCAUUCCUGCAGAGCCAGCCCUCUGCCAGGUUGUUUCUCAGGCAUCCCGGCUGUGAUUCAUUUCCCAUAAUAACAGUGCCAUUGUAAAUGAGCGGUGUCAGGCCAGGGAGUUACGUGCCUUGCCUGCCUCGGGAUCCCCUGGAGCUGGUGGGGAGAGCACCGGGGUCAGUUGGGUCUUGUUUCCCAUUUAGCACUGCCACGGCCGCCUACCCAGCAGACCUGCUCAGCAGAGCCAGAGGGAUGGUGGUAGUUACGGGGCAGAACAAAGUGAGUGGAGACCCGGAUGAUGCCAUGUCGAGCUCAGAUGCAGAGGAUGAUUUCCAAGAGCCAGCCACUCCGACUGCAACCCAGGCAGGGCAAGCACUACCUCUGCUGCCUCAGCAGUUUCCAGAAGUUGUUCCACUAAACGUAGGAGGCAUGUAUUUUACCACAAGACUGUCAACACUCAGACGUUAUGAGGACACAAUGUUGGCUGCUAUGUUCAGUGGAAGGCAUUAUAUUCCAACAGAUGCUGAAGGGAGAUACUUUAUUGACAGAGAUGGAACCUACUUUGGAGACAUACUUAACUUUCUCCGAUCUGGUGACCUCCCACCAAGAGAACGAGUGAGGUCAGUUUACAAGGAAGCUCAGUAUUAUUCCAUAGGACCAUUGCUAGACAAUCUAGAGGAUAUCCAGCCUCUUAAAGGAGAAAAAGUUAGACAAGCUUUCCUGGGCCUAAUGCCAUAUUACAAAGAUCACUUGGAACGGAUAAUUGAAAUAGCAAAGCUUAGAGCCAUGCAAAGAAAAGCAAGAUUUGCAAAACUGAAGGUCUGUGUCUUCAAAGAAGAGAUGCCCAUCACUCCCUAUGAGUGCCCACACUUCAAUUCUUUACGUUUUGAAAGGAGUGAAAGUGAGACAAAGCUGUUUGAACAUCACUGUGAAGUAGAUGUAUCUUUUGGCCCCUGGGAGGCUGUGGCUGAUGUGUAUGAUCUCCUGCACUGUAUUGUGACAGACCUGUCUGACAGAGGGAUAACAGUGGAUCAUCAGUGUAUUGGUGUGUGUGAUAAACACCUGAUAAAUCACUAUUACUGCAAACGUCCUAUCUAUGAAUUCAAGAUUACUUGGUGGUGAGUUAUUUUGUCCAGAACAGUGCAGGGCAUAAAAGGACUUCUAGAUGACAAUUGCUUGUAAUAUUUUUUGCAACGUGUCUCUGGAAAUGCAUUGCUGCUAACAUAUAUUGGAAUCAGUCUGCUGAAUUGUUGGCUAAUGCUUAGCUGCUCAGCUAAAGGGAACCUGUUACAGAGGUUGAAAAAACCUCUGAAACCUUGAAAAACCAGCCUGAAACAAGACUGUUGGCUCAGGUACCUUAACGAGGCACAAAACAAAAUCACCUCAUGGAAAUGAUGGGAGAGGAACAUCUUAACAGCUUUUAAAAGGUGCCACAUACCCCGUGGCUUUAGUAUCAUAGUCUGCAAAGUGGAGAUUGCAGAUCUCACCUGCAUUAUUACAGUGCCAGGGUGCUAAUAAUGCUGAUUACAUGUGGUUGAAUUUUACCCACUUAGAAAUGUUUUAGUGACUACUUCAACUUAACCUGUUUUACAAAAAUUGAGUAACAGCACAGAGAUUCUGGAAAUGUAAUUUUGAUGUAACAGAUAACUUAAAAAGAAAAAAGCAUAUUCCCUCUAUAUUAUUAAUUGUCACAGUUAAGCUAUUAUUUCUUUUUUUAAUUAAGAAUCUGCGUUGUUGAAGUUAUAUUUCAAUUUUUUUCAUUGUUAUAAAAAGGAAUAGCAGAUUUGGAAUAUAUUCCUUAAUGCUUUUAGGAAUAAUAACUUGUUCAUGGAAGACUUGUGCCUGUUUUUAGCCUUAGAAAUCCUAAAUGUUUACAGUAUCUGCAAAACAAAAGAAGCUCUAUGGAAUCAGGUCAUUUACAAAGGUUUUGGUAAAUGAGAAAACCCUAUAUGUAUGUUCCUAUUAGCAGAAGUAAGAGGAAUAUUUAAUGUUAUUGUUUUAUUACUGACUUUUUACAUUCUGUGAUACUUAACUUUGCUCUCUAGAGUUAGACAAGUGCUUCCUUCACCUCAUCUUCUUCAGACAAGUCUCAGUUUUAACAUUCUUGUUGACCCUUCCUGGUGUAAUAUCAGGAAAAAAAAAAAUGAAUUCAACUUUCAUAUUCAAAUAUUUCUCCAAUUAGAUAUGGAAGUAGUGAAUUCUUUCCACACUGAGACACCCAUUGCAGAAUCAAUCUUUUCAGAAGGUAAUUGCUGUGCUCCUAAUUCCCAAAAUUGAAUUACUUUAUGUCCAAAACUGAAAGGUAGAUCUAAACAUCUGAAGCUAUUAAUGUUUUGUGAGAUACAGAAUACUCAGUAUUUUUCUAAAGGAUUGCACUUGAAGAGCCCUCAAAAUAAGGAGAGAGGGAAAACAAUAUUUGCAUAUUGCAUUCCAUGGGAUUACUUAAUCCAAGAAUAUUGCUUAAUUAAAUGUUUGACCAAUACACUUAAGAAAUUUAUUAAUUACAAGGAUAAAAUUCUCGGUUACCUGAAGCAAUUUUUAGUAUAACUUAAUGAUCAAAUUGUCUUGCAAAAAAAGAUGUGGGCUCUUUGAAUUGUCCCAUUUUCUUUAUUUAUAUUUAAUUUAGGAAUUUUUAGUAUAUUGUCUCUCUGCAUUGAGCAUAUAUCUCAAAUGAUCCCUUUUCAGAUGUUUACUUACAGGGGGUCGUUGUCAAGUGCUGAGUUUCAAGUCCAGAGCUUAAAUUGUGAAAUGGAGGGAAGGAAGAAAUCAUGUGCUUUUGAAUUUUGUUUAAAUUAUUUUCUUAAAUAUUGGCCUUUGAGUUACAAGUUGUACUUGUGUUUGAAAACUCAAAAUUAAGUCAAACUGAGACUAGUAAAGUUUCCCUAAACUGAGAGGAAGCUUGUCUUGUUUCUUUGCCACUCUGCUGCCUUGUUUUGUUUUGUUUUGUUUUUUACUAGGGAAUGUUCAACUGGAAACUACAAUUUCUAAUAAAUUUAAGAUCUUAAAGCUGAGGCUUAUAAGGUUUUGGCUGCUUGUACACUCUGACAUCAAAGUUCAGAAUUUUCAGCAUUACUUUAUUUAGAGAUUGCUCUAUGAGAAUUACUGAUUUACUGAGUUGUUUGUUGUUUUCUGCCACUUCCCAUAUAUGUAUUUACAUGGGACAUAACUCUGGAUUGAAUUUCAGCACUAUUUGCAGAAAUGGAACAGUCUGAUUUAACAGUUUGGGGGUUUUCUGUUUGGCUGUAAGAAUUUUCUGCUAUUAUUCUAGAGAAGCUAUGAUGGCAGAAUUCCUGUUUCAGUCAUGUUUGCUAUUUCUCAGUUACAAAAUAUCAGUGUGCAUAUGUUUUCCUGUUUAUUGCUUACCUAACCAAAAGGUAAAAAUUGGUAAGAAUCAGUUGCAACUUAACUGAAGUUUUCAUCCUUCAGAUCCUCCAGAAGACAGUGAACAUGAAGUGCAAUAAUGAAAAAGAAACCAUGGAUCUGAGCCAACAUGUUCUCAUUAAAUACACACAGUCUGUGCUGUGACUUGUGCAAGUUAACAAUAUUGUUAUUGACCACACUUGUUCUAAACAGUCUUUGUUUACAGUUAUUUAGAUGAUAUUGCCUAAUAUGUGUUCAUUUUUUGGCAGAAGCAGAAGAGUUGUGCAGGUAGAUGUCAGGGGACUAUAAUGUAAUAACUGGUUUAUAUACCAUUAUUGACUUACCUUUUCUUGGCCUGUAGGGUAAUUUUUGAAAUUCUGCAUUUGCAAGAAAAAUGUGAGUAGCUUAUCUACUAAAUCCAUGUUUAAGAUGAUUGAUGUUUUUGUAUAUCAUCAACACUUUAUAACAGUCUGAUUAAACUAAAUG